AUGUCUUUCGUUCUUGAAAUAUAUCACGCUGUUCAAGCCUGUGGCAGCGUCUAUGUGGCGAUGCUAUCGGCCAUGGCAAUCUACAAUCUUCGUCAGUGGGAACCACAAACUGAAAGCGCAUCACGUUAUUCCAAUGCGGCUGCACGACAGCUUCACAAAACCAGAACCACAGAGGCCAGUGGUGUACUAGCUACUCUGUUCUCAUUGGUGUCGUCGGUGAUCCUCGUGGUCGCCGUCUCCUCUGGUCGUAACAGCAUGCCGUUCUUGCUCAGUGCCGCCAAUGCCGGCGCUCUUGUCCUUGCGUACAACCACAUUGCAAAUUUCUGGCAUGGCCGACCCACGGUGCCUCUGGCCUCCAGUUACAAUGACGGCGUCAGAUCGACGAAGCAAAUGCUACAAGCUUUAGGCGGAUUGACGAUUAGCUGGGCGGCGUCCACGGUGAUAUACCUGUUCAGGGCGAUUGUGUACUGA